AGUGUGCAUGCAUUGGAAUUUCAUGAAUGGACCAUGUAUGGGCCAAUUCCAACAUUCUUCUCUGUGGAUUUAGGAUAUUCUGCUGGUUCUUUAGGGUACACGCCUCUUCAGGGAGUCCAGUUCUUGAGUUCUUGGCUGAAGGCAGUGAGAGAAGAGCUUGGACAUGAGAUUCGGGUUUUUUUGCGCACAGUAUUUGAGGCAAUACCUAGCAAGCUGCCCAGUGCAAAUCAUGAGGAAGAUGAUGACUUUUAUGAGCUUCAGCCUGCUGAUUAUUUCAACUUGAUUUUAAACAGGAUGGCAGGUGGACAAUAUGAACAAUCUAAAAUGCUGAAGACUCGCAAGAUGCGGGAGGCCGAACUUGCUGCUCGACGAGCAAAGAUAACAAAGGCCUCUGUACAAAGGAACAUGGCAUACUCCUUAUUAUCAUUUCUUUUGUUCCCCUUUUAUGUAAUUGUUAGGCAGUAAUGAGGGUACGAUUCCCUGAUGGUUACAUUCUUGAGGCUGACUUUCUUCCAACAGAGAGAAUUCAUAGUCUAGUGGACCUGCUCAUGAAAGUACUUGCUAGACCAGAUCUGCCUGUUCUUUCUUUGUAAGUUCUGCUGCUCUCUUAGGAAUGAUAGAUGUACAGUUUAACUAAUAUCUGUUUCAUCUGUCUCCUUUCCCCCUUGAUCAUUUCCUUUUAUUUGUCCAUGGCAAUAAUAUAUUCUGGUUAUGAUUGGCAUAGGUUUCAUCAGUCUUGAUGAUAAGUCUUAUUUAUCUUUAUCAUUGUCAAGCAAAUAUCUUGGUAAUCAUGAAAGGCUGGGAAACAACUAACCUGCAGUAAAUAGUUCGACGCUUACAAAAAUCUGUGAAUUAACUUUUAAUACAUCAUUUUGUGCAAAGGGUUUCAGAAUCAUUUAGUGCAAAGGGUUUUUGCAAUUAUGAGACAACUGUUAUGAAGUGCUAUUUGGCAAAAAAAAUAAAAAAUAAAAAAUGAAGUGUUAAAAGUGUAAAACCAUUGGCAACACCGAUUUGAUGAGUCUGUACAACAGUAACAUAAAUGGAAGUCUCUUUCUCACUGCUUUCUUCUAACAAGUUUGCCACCUGUGCUGAAUCACAGAAUCGUUUCAUGAAAGCUUCAAUUUUUAGGUUAUGCCAUUCAAUUUGAACAACAGCAGUGUCUGGAGUGAUGCAGUAUGGUGAUUUAGUGCCUGUUUUAGAUAAAAUAUGCACCAUCGAAAUUUUAUGCCAAAUGUUCCUUGGGUUGAACUUAUAAAAUGUAGGGGCUGAUAAUCUUCUUGAUUGUCUGGUGCAUAGUCACCAAAUUCUCGGGUCGAUAGGGUCGAGGAAUGGGAUUGAGGAACGAGGUACACCACUUGCAAAAGAUUUUGGCAAGAUGGAAAUGCCAUGUUUCUUUCAUACAUCUCAGACAUGUAUUGUUUACAAUUUAUUAAUGCUGGAUCCAUUCAAUUCCAUAACAGAUACAGUACCUUGAAAAAAGCGAAUACUAGACACGUCACAGGACUUCUAUACAGUUGGCUUUGUCCCUUGAGCUAAUGUCCACUUUUCUUAUGAUCUGCCCGAAGGUUCAGAGCUAAAUUCAGAUAGUGUAAAAUCAGGACCUUGUCUCCGUGAAGAAAUUCGAAGUUUGGAUGGAUUGUCACUUCUGUCAAAACCAGCUAGUCAAUUUGACGAUUCUAGGAUGAACUCUUCUGCUCAUCAAUCGGAUGCCUCUCAAUCUGAUUAUGCAGAAGCAACACACAAGAAACCCAAUAGACCAAAGUGGUUCAAAAGGUGAUACUGCUCAGAUGGCACAGGAGCACUCUAUUAGGACGUGUUUGGUUGCUCCGCUCCGCUCGUGCAAGCAUCCGUCGGUGCAGUCGCUCGUGCAAGCAUCUGUUGGUUGCCUGGACCGGCCCUCUCGCCUGCACCCUCCCGUGCAAAUGCAUCGAGCGAGCCUGGCUCCGCGCGUACGCCGGAAUCGGUGUACGCGCCGAGCUUGGCUCGCCCGGUGAAAAACACUAUGCGUGAUAUUUUUUUAUUUAACUUUAGAUUUUAUUUUUACGGUACAAGAGUGAUCCAGAAAUUCUAAACAUUUUCGUGAGCAAACUAAAGCUCACUAGCAACCUAUUUUAAUUAGUUUGAUCCAAAAAGCCUAUAUUAAUAUUUAAUUUAAAUCCUCUAAAAUUAUAAAAAUUCACUAAUAUUCUUAUCCUGUGAUGUACUAAUUUAUAAAAAUAUUUUCAACCCUAUGUUAUUUGGUUAAAAAAUAAGUUCUUUUGUAAUGCAAUAUAUACUCAUACGGGUAAUUAAACAUAAUCUCUUCUCAGCCAGACUGAGCAUAUACAGCCAAUCAAAUAAACCCUACCUGUCUCAACUCAACUUGCAUAACUCAUACGAGUCAAGCUGAGGACAUACAAGCUGAGGACAUACAAGUAAUUAAACAGGCCUAACGGAUCCCAUCUUUUAUAGGUAGGACCAGUGUAGCAUGUAAAUUUGAUGUCUUGCAACUCAUCAGAACGCUGCUGUGGCUAAGCGCUUUGGCGCCUUACAAAUUGUGUAAAGACCCCAUAGAAACAGUGGAAAUAAUACUCCCGUGUCCGUAACGCUUCA